AUGGCAGUGACGUGCAAUCGAGAGGCCUUUCUGUCCAUCUGCUUUGUCACCUUGGUCUUCCCGCAGCUCCCACUGGCCAGCAUCUGGAAAGCUGACUUUGAUGUCAUUGGGCCUCAUGCCCCUAUUCUGGCUAUGGCUGGGGGACACGUGGAGUUACAGUGCCAGCUGUUCCCCAAUAUCAGUGCCGAGGACAUGGAGCUGAGGUGGUACAGGUGCCAGCCCUCCCUGGCUGUGCACGUGCACAAGAGAGGGAUGGACAUGGAUGGAGAGCAAAAGUGGCAGUACAGAGGAAGGACCACCUUCGUGAGUGACCAUGUGGCCAGGGGCAAGGCCACGGUGAGGAUUCACAGGGUCACCGCCUUUGACAACGGGACAUACUGCUGCCACUUCAAGGAUGGUGUAAAGUUCGGCGAGGCCAUUGUGCAGGUGAAGGCAGGGCUGGGCACGGAGCCCAGAAUCCAGGUGAUGGACCAGCAGGAUGGAGUCAGGCCGGAGUGCACGUCAGCAGGCUGCUUCCCCAAGCCCUGGGUGGAACGGAGAGACUUCAGAGGCCAGGCUAGGCCUGCUGUGACCAAUCUGUCAGCCUCAGCCACCACCAGGCUCUGGGCUGUGGCACCCAGCUUGAAGCUCUGGGACAGGGCUGUGGAGGGUCUCUCCUGCUCCAUCUCCAGCUCCCUCCUCCCUGAAAGGAGGAAGGUGGCUGAAAGCCACCUGCCCGCUACCUUCUCUAGAAGCUCCCAGUUCAUGGCAUGGAAAGCGGCUCUGCCUCUGAUCCUUGUUGCAGUGGGACUCGUAAUAGCUGGAGGCAUCUGCAUCUUCUAG